UGGCAGUCGCUUUCGUAAAACUAGUGCCUACGCGAAAUCUUGGGAUUAGGUAAUAGUUGUCAAAGCGGACCCCUAAUACGAUGACGUUCUUAUACGAUGACGUUCUUUUUUCCGUACAAUAUGUCGAAACAUCCAAGGGUUACAUGUACUGAUGAAAUAAGUCGUAUUCGUAGUUUCCGACACGAGUUUCCGCACUUGCAUGUACAGCAUGUUUGUAUGUAUACAUUAAUCUUAUCGCUUCGGUAUUUUUUUGCCGUCUCUCCCAUCCUAAUCUAUCGUUCGGGAACCGACUGAUAACAUAUGUUCGAAGAAUCCCACCAUCUGGGUAAUCAUUGUGUCCAAUAAUAACAAAUGAUGACUGUGUCCCGUUGUCCAUUGACAUCGAAUCGAAACGUGUUAUCUGCGCAGUCAAUGAGAGACUUGCUGAAGAGAUCAUUGUGCGUACAAUAAGAGAUGUGUUUUCAGUAAAGUUUCGGUUUGGAGUGCAAGAUGGAUUCUAAGUGUUUGUAUGUAUUCAUCUUCCUAUUCCCCAUAUGGAGCGCUUCGACAAUAUGUAUGAUAAAAGACCGUAGCGAGUGCACCUACACUGUAGUCUGCGAGGGUCACGCCGGCAGCGCCAACAACCCUUCCUGUGACUUUGACCCCUUCGUCAACUUCAUCAUCAAGGACUCCGUCGUCGAAACCCUCACCACCGCCUUCUUCGGCUCCACUAACUUUGACUCCAGGGUCAGGCGCAUCCAAGCGGUCAACAACAACUGGUCCAACAUCGAGUCCUUCGCCUUCAAAUACUACACCAAGUGCAUUGACAUGGACCUCUCCAACAAUAACAUCAAGAAUAUCAAAAACGACGCCUUCAAGAACUUGUUCGUCCUUGAAUCUUUGAACUUAUCCCAAAAUUUCAUAGAACAUUUAAACCCAUCUGCGUUAGCGAUUUCGGAAAUCAGUGUCAACAAAUUAAACACACUGGAUCUUUCAAAUAACUUAUUAACGGAGAUUAGCAGUGAGGCUCUUAGCAAGUUAACCAACCUCAAGAGUUUGUAUUUGCAAAACAACAGGCUAAAAAUAUUGGCAGACGAUUGCUUUAAUUCUUUAAAAGUUUUAAGUAUAUUAAACUUGCAAAAUAAUGAGCUAACGGCUAUAAAUGUAACACUAAUCCACUUGAAGAAUCUGAAAACACUGGAUUUGGCGUUCAAUCAUCUGUUAAGAUUGGUAGGAUUCGAACUAAACCGAUUAGACUCCCUUGCUUAUUUAAACAUGACUUAUAACGAUAUUGAACAAAUCGAAUCGAAUUGCUUCAAUCAAGCAUUCAGCCUCAUAUCGAUAGACUUGAGCAACAACAAAAUUAAAUCGCCUAUAGAAAAUGUAAUGUUCAUUAAUAACAAUCGUUUAGAACAUUUAAAUUUGUUUAAUAAUAGUAUUGAAGAAAUACAGGAUGAUGCAUUUAAACAUAACGUUUUAAUUUCGCUAAAUUUGAAGAAAAAUAACUUGAAAGGGGAGAUAACUAGUCAAACAUUCAAUGGAAUAUCAAACGUACAAAGUCUCGAUUUAUCCAAUCAGAGUAUAACAGCCAUAAGACAAAACGCAUUUCUUCCAGCAACUAGUCUUCUUCAUUUAAACUUGAGUAGUAAUGCUAUAAGUACUCUCGAAAAUUCCAGUUUCUCACCUUCACUACCCCUAACAGUUUUAGAUGUUUCAUACAAUCUGUUAACAUCUCUAGAGUUUUUAAAUGGGGAUUUAUUAAAUCUUACUGAAUUCUACGCGACUAACAACAAUCUUACAUCUAUAGCAAAAGGUACCUUUCUUAAUCACACGAAUUUGAAGAAGUUGGACCUGUCAAUGAAUUUCAUCAUUACCCUAGAUCAAUUGUCUUUACCUCUUCAGAAUUUGCAGUAUCUAAAUAUGACUGGCAAUCUUUUGAAGGGGUCUCUCAAAAGUGACGUGAUAAGCCCUUCAAAGUAUCUCCGAUUUUUGGACUUCAGCAACUUCAAGUUUAAAAAAGUUGAUAAUGAAGCAUUUAUUGAUUCUCCUUUACUUGCUAGAGUGAACCUAUCGUACAAUGCAAUCGAGAAUAUUGGUAUAAAUAAUUUUAUGAAUAUGGAAAAUUUGUAUAGCUUGGAUUUAUCAUAUAACAAACUGAAAAAGUUUCAAACAAACAAUAGCGUUUUAUUAAAUCUUAAAGCCUUGUACCUAAACCACAACCGUCUCAAAACUAUCGCGAAUGCGUUUUCAAAUAUAUCAAAUGUAAUAUAUCUCGAUAUAUCUGAUAACGUUAUAUCUGAUCUCUCCAUUCCAUUAUUCCAAACAUUACAAGAUUUGCGUGUUUUGCGUCUUUCAAAUAAUAAGGUGGAAAAAUUUAACAAUCCGCAAACGAACUCUCUUACUAAAUUGAUGACUUUAAGUCUUUCUUCAAACUCUUUGAUUAACUUGGACUUGAGCUAUUUUCCUGAUUUAGUCAACGUCGAUUUGAGCAACAACACCAUUAACUACAUCAACAGCUCUUUUUUCCGAAACUUAGACCAUUUGCAAUCCAUCGAUUUAAGCCUUAACAAUAUAGCAAACUUAACUCCAGGCACAUUCCAAAGUCUUAAAAUUUUAAAACUUUUAAAUUUGUCUUCCAAUUCGAUCACGAAUUUGCGCUACGGGAGUUUUAAGGGGCUCGGGAGAGCCGAGGUGAUAGACUUAUCUCGAAACUCGAUACAUGUGUUGGAUGUGGAUGUCUUUCACGAGUGCACAGAGCUGAAACAACUGAUAAUUGACUACAACUUCAUUACACAACUCGAGUUCGAACGAUUGGUUAUGACUGUGACGAAGCUGAAUGCUCUAAGUUUGGGUGGCAACCCUAUUAAGUGUAAGGAGAUAGUUCGAAAUUACAAUUCAGGCAUUGGAGGGCGGCGAGUGGAGGUGACUUCUAUAGACAAAGUCUUUGAAGAAGAUAAUGUGCACGGCAUUUGGUGUGGUAAUGGGACAGUUGUCAAUACAGUGAGUACCCCUGUGGCCCCAAAAUACGCGAGCGCCUCAAGUUCCACUAGUGUGUUCUUUGUGUGGUGUGCGCUGCUGACAGUUUUGGUCCUGGUAGUUGGUUUUGCCAGUUACAUGUAUAGACGAAAAGGUUUGUCGAUUUUAACAGACACUAGAAGCCUGAGAAGCACAGUACAGUUUGGAAGUACUGAAAACCAUAGUAACUUAUUGAUUUAAGCAAGAUAAUUUUAAGACGAUGGAGUGUAUUUUUUAUGACAAGAUGAUGAUGAUUUGUUUCCCUAUUCAUAAUUAAGACUUUAAAUAUCGCUAAAAGCGAACUUCACCAAAUAUUGCAUUUAGGUUGUUAAUUAGGUUUAAUUUAGUGAUAUUUUUUAUAAUUGUGACACAACAGUACCAAAUAAACAUUAUUUUGAUA